AAUCCGAUGAGCAGUCCCUUUGACAAAACAGUCAGUGAUGAUGCAAACCUCGAACAUCUUGGCUACGAGCAAGGUCUGUAUAAUUUAUUUGCACGCCUAAAGUCAGCGCUGACAUAAGACGCAGAACUUCACCGUUCCUUCUCACUCCUUGGCAUGAUCGGCUUCUCCUUCAGCAUCGUCACGUGUUGGAGCGCUUUAGGGGGUACGCUGAUAGUAGGAAUCGUCUCGGGAGGUCCGCUAGUCAUGAUAUAUGCCUGGAUCGGCGUGUCUCUCUUCUCAUUAGCUGUGGCGUUCUCCUUUGCCGAGAUGUGCUCGGCGUACCCAGUGGCCGGCGGGCAGUACUCGUGGGUAGCCGUUUUGGCCCCGAGCCGAUGGGCUCGCGGUAUGUCUUGGGUGACGGGAUGGUUUAUGCUCGUCGGCCUCAUCGCCAAUGGCUCUGUCAACAACUUCAUCGCUGCCAACUUCAUCCUCGGCAUGGCGAACCUAGCGAACCCGGAUUAUGUGAUCGAGCGGUGGCACACUGUAGUGAUUACUUACUUCAUUAUCCUUACCGUGGGCAACGUCAAUAUCUUCGCUCCGAAGGCUAUGAAUAAGAUCACGCAGGUUAUUCUAGUUUGGAACAUCGUGUCCUUUUUCGUCAUCACCAUCACGAUGGUCGCCACGAAAAAGGAGAAGCAAGAACCGUCGUUCGUCUUUCAAGAAUUUCGUAAUGAUACUGGGCUGUCUGCUCCCCUCGGCGUCAUUGCCGGUCUCUUGCAGACAUUCUAUUCGAUGUGCUGCUAUGAUGCUCCUGCGCACAUGACGGAGGAAAUGAGGAAUGCCUCGCGAGACGCGCCAAAGGCUAUUGUCGCCGCUGUCGUAUUGGGCGCAAUAACCGGACUCUGCUUCUUGAUCGCGGCAUAUUUUUGUAUUGGAGAUAUCGAUUCUGUCGCUAACUCAUCUACUGGCGUGCCGUUGAUCCAGAUCAUUUACGACUGCACGGGAUCCGUAGCUGGGACCUGCUUCCUAUCAAGCUUAAUCACGGUCAUCCUCUUGGUCUGCGCUAAUAGUAUUAUGGCCGAGGGUUCGCGCGCCCUUUGGGCUUUUGCUCGCGAUAACGGCCUCCCCUAUUCGAAGACGAUCAGCAGCGUCCACAAAAAGUUCCAAGUGCCAGUCGUAGCUAUUAUCAUCUGCAUGGUGAUCCAGGCGGCCCUCAACACCAUUUAUAUUGGCACGUACACGGGCUUCAACACCGUCAUCUCCAUCGCUGCAGAAGGCUUCUACGUCUCAUAUGCGAUACCCCUCCUCUCGCGGCUUAUGUCACACUUCAGCGGCGCAGAGGUUCGACUACAGGGAGGCUACUACAGUCUCGGUCGCUGGGGUGUCCCGCUGAAUAUGAUCGGUGCCUGCUACCUUCUCUUCGCCGCCGUGACGUUUAAUUUCCCCAGCACCGCCCCGAUCGAUUCGCAGAACAUGAAUUAUUGUUCCGCGGCAGUCGGCCUGGUCAUGCUCAUAUCCGCCGUGACUUGGUUCACUGGCGGACGCAAGAAUUUUACCAUGCCUCUGCUAGACAAAGCUACCCCUGCUUUAAGCGAACCGUCGGAGCGCGCUUGUGAGAAAGAAGCUACAGGUAUAGAUGGGAUGAGCAGAUAAAUAAUAGAUAGAUUUGCAUUAUGCAGUAUACAUGAUUCUGUAUAGCGUAUUUCAAGCCUGUACUAAGAGAAAGGGUUUGAUGCUAGUUGAUGAGUGCCUCGCAAUUUUAUUUCAUUUAAUUUUUAGGUAUUCUAGCUCGGGGCGAGAUAUCAUCUGAUCGCCACAAAUUGAAGUGACAUUGGAGUGAUUUGAGUCACCUUAUUUCCGGACGGGUUGGUGUUGGUAGUCCAAUUUAGAUGAUUUCCCUCACAAG